AUGUUCCGCUCCGUUCCCAUGGGCCCAGCGGACCCAGUCUUCAUCCUCAGCUCCAAAGUAAAAGCCGACAAAUCGCCCUCGAGAAUCGAUCUCGGCGUUGGCGUAUACCGGAAUAAGGAGGGUAAAUACAACGAGCUCGGCGUAAUGAAGCAGGCGAAGGAGAUUCUCACAAAGGCGGAACUAGGUCACGACUACGAAGUCACAACGGGAGAUGACGAAUUCGUCAACAACGCAUGCAAAGUCCUGUUCAGCGCAGAAUCCGAGCCUGUGAGGACCGGCCGCAUUGCGUCUGCUCAAGAUAUCUCGGGUACUGGAAGCAUUCAUCUUGCUGCUCUGUUUCUGAGCCGCGCCAGGGAGUUCAAAGGAAAGAAGGUCUACUUUUGA